CAGCGCCUGAGCCAAACUCUGUGCCGCAGCCUGUGUGUGCUUUGGGAUGGCUGAUGGGGCGCUCUGACCUGCAAAUGAUCCCCUGGCCAUGCCCCAUGGAGGUCUGCGCUCGACCCCUUUACAGGGGCUUCUUGCUGCAUCCGCCUGGCUGGGUUGGGCCCGCCUCGCCAAGCAGGUGUUCGACUUCCUGGCCGGUGCCCUCUGGGCUGUGUGGGGCCUCAUCACCUUGUCCUGGAAAAGGCAGGGUGCUCAGGGGUCCCUGCCCGAGCCGUGGGAGAGCUGCCCCGAGCUGAGGGUCUACCGGGGAGGAGAUGGUGAGGCCGAGCUGCUCACGGUCCACACACAGCCCUACAGCUUCCAGGUGGAUCUGGCCCGGCUGGUGACGGAGAGCGCCUAUUUUGAGGCCCUCUCGAGAUCCCGCAUGCAGGAGGCGUCGGAGAGGCAGCUGGAUCUGAGCCACGUGCCCUCGGGGACCUUCCGCGCCAUCCUGGAGUGGGUCUUCUCUGGGCGUUUCAGCCUAGAAGAGGAAGACCUCUUGCCAGCGGUGCAGACUGCCAGCUACCUGAUGCUCCCGGGGUUUCUGGACCGGUGCUGGGCGGCGCUGAGCCCGCUGCUGAGCCCCCAGAACUGCCUGGCGUACCUGGGUUUCGCAGAGACUGUGGGAUGCCCUGAGCUGAGGGCCCUGGUGUCCGGCUACCUGAGUGCCCACCUGUUGGAGCUGCCAGCCCCCAUCACAGAACAGCUGGACCCCCAACUGCGGGAGGAGCUGGCGCAGCUCCGCUUCAAGGGCCGCCCCAUGCUGUGCGCCCUGCGCAAGGAGAACGUCAGCCUGGCGCCCGGGGUCCCCCUGGAGUCUCUGCAGGGCCUCUACCACCGCCCUCUGCCCCCCGAGGAGGGGAACUGGCACUGUGCCACCCGACUGCCCUUCCAAGCCGAGAAGUGGAGCUUCAGCACAGCACAGCUCCUUAACUACCUCUUCGUCAUGGGGGGCUACCGGGAGAAGCGGGGCGCCCGCAGUUUCACCUUCCGUAUGGCGGCCUUCCGCUACAACCCCUUGACGGGAACGUGGGCACCCACCGCCGCUCCCAAUAAGCGCCGGCGCCACUUCAGCAGCGCUGUGGUGGGGCACCACAUCUAUGCCGUGGGCGGCUGGUUCCUGGACUCGCUCCUGCCUCCGGACAGCAGCACCUGCCUGUACACAGCCGUGGAGCGCUACGACCCUUGGGCCAACUCCUGGGCCUUCGUCUCCUCCCUGCCCAUGGGCGACUUCUCUUUCGCUGUCUCUCUGUCCCACGACCUGCCCCUCUGCACGGCCCAUGGUGGCUGCAUCUACGCCCUGGGCAGCAUACAACGCACCGGGGAGAAACUUCUGCUCUGCUACGAUGUGGCCGCUGACACGUGGCAGGAGCUCCUUCCGACUCUGACGCGGGCAGACGCUGACCUGCCUGGGCUCUACUUCCUGGGCGGUACCGAGCCCCUCUUCGUGGUGGGGGGCAACGCCCAAGACAACGUGGUCACCUCCUUCUGCCCCAGGACCCGGCAGUGGGGGCCUGCCCGGACCCUGCCCAAGUGCAGCCUGGCCGGGCAAGGCCUGGCUUUGGACGGCACCCUCUAUAUGGCCUCUCCUGACUUGGGCGCCCUCUUGGAAGUGGAACUCAGGGUCCCGGACUGUUGCCCGCUGCCUCCGCCACCCUUUCCCCUGUCCUACGAGGCCAUCUUCCUGCUCCACUUCCCCCCGGAAGGCUGUGGGGAAGAAGAAACAGAGUCCAGGGGACUCCAGGGACUUUGAGUCCCCCGUCUCCCCUCCUCCCUUUUGUCUGCCUGUCUUUUCCUGUCUGUCCAGUGAAAAAAAGACAGCCAUGGAACCAAGAAAUUACAUAAAAGAAAUUAGCGUGAAAAUCCCUGAAACAAGAAGUAAUCGACUAUGGAAUAACAAAAAUAAAAAAAAUAAACUAGAAUUAAACAAAGACUUUACGAGAUGCUGGCUACAAAACUCGUUUCACUGAACUAAUCAGUUUCCUCAGAAGAAAAUAAAGAAAUUAAAAGAUUUUAAGUGAUAUCAAACAAGCUCAAGAGCAGGGCUGAAAAUGCUUCCUCAAGCUUACAAAGAAGGUAUGAAAACUUCAAUGACAAGUUUUAAACAUAGCCCUAUUUAAGAGAGUCAAGCAGUAGUGAUAAGAAAUUGA